CCUCCCCUUUGGUGAUGUAGCCUUGUGAUAAGACGCAACCUUCUUAAUGACUAAUUUCUCUAUCCCAGUCCCGGCUCCUCUCUAUCCUACAAGUUCCUUCAUGCAUGCAAUGUCCUGAUCCGAUUGCGUCUGACCUUUUCGUUUUUAAACACAAAACCCGAGAUUUUUGUCAGUGUCCGGCAUGGGAGAUCAGAAAGAGCCGCCGAUGGUGCACCGAUCUACUUCAUUUAGUAUCAAGAGUCUGCUGCUUCCCUCAAAAUGUGACAAACAGGACUCGGUGCUCCCAGAAAAAAACACUGUUUCUUCGGGUUCUGAUUCGGAAAAAUCUCUGGAUCCUGAUAUGGAAUCUGCACCUUUGAACCCAGAGAAACCGAAGGAGGAGGACGAGGGUACCGAGCGGGCGACAGAGCCUAGCAAAAAUGGGAAAUAUGAUAAACCGCCAUUCAGCUACAACGCCUUGAUUAUGAUGGCUAUCAGACAGAGUCCUGAGAAGAGACUGACUCUGAACGGUAUCUAUGAGUUUAUCAUGAAGAACUUUCCAUAUUACCGGGAGCACAAGCAAGGCUGGCAAAACUCUAUCCGCCACAACUUGAGCCUCAAUAAAUGUUUUGUGAAAGUGCCAAGGCAUUACGACGACCCGGGCAAAGGGAACUACUGGAUGUUGGACCCUUCGAGCGACGAUGUGUUUAUUGGUGGAACUACGGGAAAACUUCGGAGACGCUCUGCUACCUCAAGGGGUAAACUGGCGAUGAAACGGGGACUACGCUUUGCGCCUCUCAGUUUGGGAAUAAACGACAGGGCGAACAACCCUCUGUAUUGGCAAAUCUCUCCGUUUUUAUCGUUGCACCAUCCCCAUUACAAUGGAUCAUCUGCAGGAUUUCUGAACCAAGGGCACGCGUAUGGGUCUCUACUCCCCGGGGUGGACCAGCUGAGUAACGGGGACCUUACACGCCAUCUAGGUGGAUCUGUCGGUGCUCUGGGUUUGUCAAACAGUUACGGUGUAAGCACGUCUGGGCUACUAUCGGGACAGAGUGGCUACUUUGUCUCAGGGAGCCAGCACCCGCCGCCGCAUCUCCAGCAGAGCGCGCAGGGCUAUGGUGUGCCGACGAGCUCGCCACAAACACUGAUCUCGAACUCUCUAAGAACGUCCCUACCGUCUUUUUCACCGGGAAUUUCUAGCGGGUUUCCAGGAGUGUUGUCCCAUCAAAAGAGGGUCACUCCAAAUGCUUUCUUAAACUGAUUGCACAACUACAACAUGGGGAGGACAUACAAAAGCACCAUAUAAAUGGCAAUUAUAGGGUAAACAAACAGUGAUCACAAAUUAGGUCAGAAACAAUAAUUCCUCAAAACAGAUAUGGCCAUAGUAGCAUAUGUAUCCUGAAGUGCAACGAUUUAUUAUUUUGCGUUGAAAGACAAACUUUGUUACCUGUGGGUUGUAAAAUGUAACUAUAGACUUGCCAAAGGUAACUUUAUUUCGGGCUAUUUAUAUCGUACAGAUUUUCAUUAUUUGAAUAAUUUAUUUAUGUUUUGUAUUUAUUGUACAAUGUAUUUACAUUUUAUUGUCAGUGUUUUCAUCAGUAGGCAUAUUGAAUAAAAAACACAGUUUAUUCAUUAUUUAUAUGAGACUUAAUUUAGAAAUCGUUUUGGGGGGAAACGUCAUACAGAUCAGGGUUAAGACACGCGGGAGAAAAUAAAAGCCUACAAAAGUCAUAUCUUCUCAGGUUCUCUGUCCAGAGACUCCAAUGUAGGCUACUGCUGUAGGCCUAUCUGUAAUGUAUGCUACACAUUUUAGAGAGAAGUAGAGUUUUGUGUGUACUCUUAAAUUAACGAUAGCCUAUUUUGUCACCUAUUUUGUUGAUGGGGCCGAAAUAAGCACAUGUAGAUUAAAGGACACAACAGUGCAUGACAAUGCAGGCCUCCUCGUGUGAAGACUACCUACGUCUUUCAUAUAAAGCUCUUGAGGUUUCAGUUCCUCGUUAAAACCAGUUCCGGUUGUCUUGACACUUGCCAUGUUUGAUAAAGGUGUUAUAGGCUACUACCUAUUCAGGUCUGCAAGUUAAGAGUCUGAUCAUUUAGUCCUAUUACAUCAAGCACACAUUUGGCAAACAGGCGUAUAAUAUCCACACCAAUAUAGCAUUUAUCAUCUAAAUCAGUGGUUCCUAUUUUUUUCUUAGUCACGUCUACACCUUACAAUUAUACACAAUACGAUAAGGCCUACCAGCUUCCUAUAUAUAACCCUGACAAAAUGACAAAAAUGUAAUAUGCCCAUGUGUGGGGCGGCAGGUAGCCUAGCGGAGCGUUGGGCCAGUAAACGAAAGGACACUGGUUCCAAUCACCAAGCUGACUAGGUGAAAAAUCUGUCGAUGUGCCCCUACUUGCUCUUGUAAAUCGCUUUGGAUAAGAGCGUCUGCUAAAUGACUCAAAUGUAAAAAAAACAAAAAAACAAAAAAAAAAAAACGUAAAUUUAUCCUGUAAAUUAAGACUAUACUCUGAGCUGUAAAUUGCCUUACGCUUUCAGUAAUAGGCUAUAUCCAACCUCACAUUCUGAGAAUAAUGGUUUGAAAUAGUCUAGGCCUAUUCAAAUAAAUAGAACAACAUCAUUCAUCACUGAUACUUCUGGAAUCUGGUUUGCAUAACACUGGGUUUGGGCCUACAGAACCACAGUUUGGCAAACGCUGAUCCAAAUAAAUAACAUUCUGCAUUGUUAUUGUAAUGACCAAUUAAUUAAGAUUCCAUUAUCCAAUAGGCCUAUUUACAAGCAAAAUAGUAUAAUAUUCAGGAGAGUAAUGCGCUGAUUCACACACAUUUUGGCCUAAAAUUUGACAGAUUUCUUUCCUUUGUUGGAAAGACUAUAUACAUGUUUAUUUAUUUCACAACAUUGUAUUUUGGAUGUUGACGAUUUUUUUGUAAAUGUUCUUUCAAAGUUUUGCACUUUUUGUUGUUAGAAUAGGCCUACCUAAUGUAUGAGUAUUGUCUGUUUUUGUUGCUGUAUGUUUUGAAAAAAAUAAACUUGAUUAAAGUAUAAGACAUUACACUUUGCUAUAGGUUUGCUAUGUGUAGCAUGAAUGAAAGAACAACACAAACCUAAUGUACGGGUUAUACAUUCAGACACGCUAUAGUCAGAGGAAAGAAUAUGCAGCCUAUGUAGCUAGCAUAGCAAAAUAUUUGUUUUAUCAACGGAAACAAAUAUGCACAUGUUUAUGGCUGGAAAAGGAUAGCAAAUUCACGUAAAAUUGGGCUUCAAGUCUUCACCCUAAAAGUAUCUCACCCCAUACUCUUCUGCUGCUGAAUCUCACAAGGUGAAUGGAAAAUAUAAAUAUAGAGGAUAGGUUAUGUUUCUAAAACAACGACUCCCCUUUCAAUGCAAACCACAGUAUAACCUUUCUGUCAAGACCAUCAGCCCAAGUAAUUAAUUAAUUUCAAAUGAUUGAAAUAGGCAGGAUAGGGUCAUUUGUUCUGUGUGCAAUUAGGUUACUUUGUCAAUUAUUUGUAUUUCUGUGGAUAAAAAUAUAUAA